AUGGAGGGUGAACCGGAGCCCCUGAGCAACGAGUCACCGGACAAAAUUCCUUGCAACGACCACAAAACGAUCCGCCAUCGACGUCUCCAGCUCCGCUGGAUAAGGGCCGAAGCCAGCGCAGGAGGUUGCCCCACCAACCGUGUCAAGAACCGGAAUCGGAGUUUCGGUUCCGACGCCCAUAAGGCGAGCAAGGGAAUUGCCCCCUCCUUGUCCCACGGGUCGGUGUCGCUAAUUGGGCGGAGGAGGGAGAUGGAGGACGCGGUGACCAUGGCGCCCGGGUUCGCGUCGGUGGGGACCGCCCCCCCGUAUGACUUCUUUGGGGUGUACGACGGGCACUGCGGGGUGAGCGUGGCGUGGGCGUGCCGGGACCGGCUGCACGUGGUGCUGGCGGAGAAGGUGGCGGCGUUGGGCGAGUGGCCGACGGCGGAGGAGCAGUGGAGGGAGGUGAUGGCCGCGAGCUUCUCGAGGGUGGACGGGGAGCUGGCUUUGAAGGAGAGGGAGGUGGGGUCGACGGCGUCCGUGGCGGUCGUGGGGCCGGAGCGAAUCGUGGUAGCCAACUGCGGUGACUCGAGGGUCGUGCUCUCCCGCGGCGACAUGGCCGUGCCGCUCUCCUCGGACCACAAGGCUGACAGGCCAGAUGAGAUGAAGAGAGUCGAAGCAGCUGGAGGCAUCGUCAUCAACUGGGACGUUUACCGUGUGUCAGGCGUUCUAGCCACUUCUAGAUCCAUAGGCGAUCAUUACCUGAGACCAUAUGUGAUCUCAGAACCAGAGGUCACGGUGACGAACAGGACGGAGGAAGACGAGCUCCUGGUUCUGGCCAGCGAUGGGUUGUGGGACGUCAUCUCCAACGAGGUGGUCUGCAAGGUCGCGAGGCAAUGCCUCAGCGGACAACUGGUGAGGAAGGUGCCUGACGGCGCCAGAGAACACAGAGCUAAGGAGGCUGCCGUCAUACUGGCGGAGCUCGCCUUGUCCAGAGGAAGCAGGGACAACAUUAGCGUGGUCGUGGUAGAGUUGUAA